UCAUAUGCAUGAUAAUGUCCCAUAGGGGUCAAAACAAUAUUAUUAAGUUAUGGGAGCAUUCCAGCAUUCAGAUAUUAGUCUCCUUUUUCUGUACGAUGCAUAAAUGCAUCAGAACACAGAUUUAGGUCUGCUUUAAUGCAGUUCUGUCAUUUCUCUUUACCAUUCUCAUUGGCUGAUAAGAAAUUAUAGCUACUUGUGACUGUGAACUAAAAGCUUGCAGCGGUAGGCUACAUCUGAUAAAUUGACUCUCCACUAGGUAUCAAAUUCUAUAAUCUAGAUAUUGCCGUUGCACUGUUAUCACAAUGAGUUAAACCACUGUCUAGUUUCCGUUAACAAUCUUUGAGAAAUGUGAAACAGAUUGAUUUGAUUGCACUAUAACAUAUUUUAUAUGAAUUUCAGGAAUAUUAUAAUAAACUAUAGCUUAGUUAAUUAUAUUCAUGAUGCUUAAAUAUGACUUGUACACCAACAUAUCACCUUUUUUUUAAAUUACAAGUGUGUAAUGUGAAAUAGAAAAUCUUAGAGAUAUGUUCAUAAAAAAAUAUUACGAUGGGUUAAUUUGAGCAAUUAGAUAGUAAUCAACUCUGUCACAGAGAGGCAUUGAAGAAGGCGUGGAGAAGUGAACAGCUUUCAUAUGAUGACAGGACCUGACUUCCUCUCAUCGUGUUUUUAUAGCAUUAUGAUGCUUGACUUCACUCAUUCAUUCUCUCUGAGAGAUGCCCUAUCCACAAGACCCAUGCACAAGCCCUACACUCAUGCUAAGAUGAAGCUUCUACUUGCACUUUGUGCAGUUUGGAACAUCAUCCAACUAUCAGUGUGCUGCUCUUCUGGAGAAAUGACAGAUCGACUCACCUGUGUAUCUGAUUAUUGGUUUACAAUUACCUGUACUUUGAGCAUCACUGAUGAGCCUGCAGGUGUCAACAAUACCCACUACUGGUUGAAUUUUACCUGGUCUGGAGGAGUUGGGAUUACAUUCAAAUGUCCACUGGUGAAGAUGGGGGACAGUUAUGGUUGCACAUUUGUGGCCGAUUUUGAUAAGAAUGUAACGUACCACGGCUCUUCAUUUAAUGAAAUGGACUGUUUCGAUGUACAGCUUUGUUAUAACAUUGACUGCCAAUCAAACGUGACAGGCUUUGAACCAUUCAAAAAUAUUCAACCAACAGCUCCAAGUCAUCUCGCUGUCCAGUGGACUUCAGAGGGUUACAAAUGCACUUGGCAAAGUGGAUAUGAACACCAUCCAUAUCUAACAGAGUUCCCUUACCAACUCUUCUUCUACAAAUACCAUGGCGAUAAGAGCGAGGGGUUUUCUGUGUCCCCUCAAAACAAAUCUAUUUUAAUUGAUGCAUCUAGACUUGAGCCAGAUACCACAUAUGUUCUGAAAGUGAGAUCCGGGCUAUAUGAGUCCUCUGGAUAUACAGGACAGUGGAGUCCGUGGAGUGCAUUGGUGCAAUUGAGGACUAAUGCAAAGGAAGCAGAACCAACUAUAGUCCUUGUCCUCAGCAAGUUUGUAUUUCCAGUUUGUGUGAUUGCUGGAGUUCUGUUGUUUGUAUUUUACAACCCCACGACAAGAAUGAAGAUAAAAGCUUUCUAUGAUGUGCCAAGCCCAGCCCCUUUUUUCAAACCUCGCUACAAAGGUAACAAACAUUUCCAGGACUGGCUUGAGUCAGAGUGCAAUCUGAUACAAACAUACAAAACAGAAGAGCUCCUGACCAUCGAUAAUUUGAUUAUUGAGGCCAAACCUAUAGUAGAGGACCAGGACUGUUCAGCUACAACACCAUAUCCCCUAGCACAAGUUCACACUCCCUAUGUUGGUCCCUCAGUGAUGGACUGGGUCUGCAGUAACAGUCCAAAUGGAAAUGGUCCAGGGGACAUUCCUUACACCCAGCUGCCCUGCUCUCCCCUAGAACUCCAGUUUGGAGGGAAGGGCACCUCUUUCUCUCAGGACCCUUCGGUCGCCUGUGAGGGGGACUCUGGAUGCGAGGACUUAACACUCAGCCCUGAGAGCAGCUUGCCUAAUAGUCCUGUAUCUAGUGAGCCAGAAUGCAUCUGUACUGAUUACUAUAUCCUACACGAAACCUCUAAAGGUUUUAUCCCCACUGGUGUGUCCAAAGAGGUCUCUACUCAUCCCUUGAAUAGUUAUUGCAUAGAGGGACCAGGUAAGGAGGAAACCUGUGCCACUGAGUGAAGUUACCAAAUGUUACAUCAUAUGCCAAUAGGACACAGACGGCCUACUUCUUGGGUUUUGAUAAUGUACUGAGCAAGGGGUGUCAUAGUCUUUACAAUUUCCUAAAUUACAUAAUGUUGACUUAUGAUCAUUUGCAGUUUCUUUUUUGUAAUUCUGAAGUAGAAUUGUGUACUAUACUGUAAUGAAAUGUGUUUUGUCCGUUUGAAAUAUUGUACAUUUUUUUAUUACUGUAUCAAUUGUGUAAAUAGCUACUUUGGACCAGUUCAUUUCAUAAUUUGUCCGCACUGAUGGCACUAGAGCCAUUGAUCCUUCAGUAUGUGAGUUAACCACCAGAGGAUGCUGCGACUCAACACUUAGAGGAGAAAUUGGCGAGGUGCAGUUUCUUGGAUAACAAUUUGAGCUCUAUGUAAUAUUUUGAAAGUAGUUUGAUAAUCCUGUAAUUACUAUGUCCUUUAAUUUGUCUUGUUCGCUAUUGUAAAUACAAUAAUACAUUGGUAUGGUUUAUAUGUAUCGUUUUCUAUUUCGCAAAAAAGUAGAUGAGUAGUUAUAGUUAUCAGUAAAGACCAUUGCAACAAUAUAUAUGUAUAGCCAACCAAUGGUCUUCAACUUGCUUCAUCUUUCAUUCUUGGUGCAAUUUCAAAACAUGUGCGCGUGCUACAAAAUGAACGAGAGUAAAAUGUUUUGUUGUGAUAUGACGUCAUGUUUCGGGAAAUGAACCCAGUAUGCAGCUAGCUUGCUUUAGGACUU